AUGGAACCUGCCACGGUCAAGUCUGCAACUGAAGGUAGUUUCUGUGCUUUCUUUCUCAAUGCGAAACUCCUGAAGUUUCCUGUUUUACUCUUUGUCCUGGGAAGCUCUGAGGUUUACUUUGUAGCUGGAGUCCAGGAAGCAAAAACAGCUGUGCACAAACGUAGCCCUAAAGUGUUGGAGGUUCUGCAAAAGCUGAACACCCAGGCUGAUGAGGCUCCAGUCAUUGCUGUCCUGGACUCUGGUGGGGGCCUGCGGGCCCACAUUGCUUGUCUUGAGUUGAAAGAACUUGGCCUGUUGGAUGCUGUCACAUACCUCGCAGGGGUUUCUGGGCCUGCUUGGGCAGUGUCUUCAUUCUACACCAACAAUGGAAAUAUGGAAGGGAUGGAAGAGCAGCUGAAACAUUGAUAUGAGAGGAAUAGGUGGCACUUUAAAGAGAGUCUGGAGAAAGCCAUCCAGGCAGCAAGGAGGGCAAAUUACUCCCUGACUGACCUUUGGGCCUAUUUGAUUGUUUCCAGGCAAACCAGAGAAAUAAGUCAUUGCCAGCUUUCUAGCAUAAAGGAACAAGUGGAAGAAGGAGUUCUGCCCUAUCUUAUCUUUGCAACCAUUGAUGAUGACCUUCAGUCUGACUGGAGGAAGAGAAGUUUACUCCAGUAUGUUUUUACUUUUCUGAGUAAAACUGGAAUUUGAUUUUGGAAAUGGGAAUGGGGAACUGUUUACAACUUCCUCUAUAAACAUGGUAACAUCACAGAUGAGGCCAUGAAUAGCAGGGAGUUUCUUCAUCUGGUGGAUGCUGGUUUUGCUAUCAACACUUACUAUUCACUUAUUCUGCCUCCAGUAAAUGAAGCUGACCUCAUCCUCUCAUUUGACUUCAGUGCUGAGGACCCAUUAGAUACCAUCAGGAACACAGCAGACUACUGCCAAUGUCAUGCAGUCCCCUUCCCUGAAGUGAGAGAGGAUCAGCGGAAGGAGUGGGCCAAAGCCCCACUGCACUGCUACAUCCUUAGAGGGGAAACAGGACCUGUUGUUAUGUACUUUCUGUUCAACAAAGACAACUGUGGAGAUGGCAUUGAGACAUGGAGGAAAAAAUAUGAGGCAAUGAAACUAUCUGACUUCUACACACCAGGCCUGGUGAUGGAUUAGCUGAAAGUUUCUAAGGAGAAUGUUCAGAAAAACAAAGAUAAUAUUCUCAAUGAAAUAAGGAAAGUGGCUGGGAAACCUGGGAACUUCCCAAAGGUGUAUAAGGAGGACUGCUUGGGGGACACAGUGCAGGAUGUCCAAGGCUCUCAGACUGUGGAGAUCAAGAUAUCCAACAAUCUCAUGGACUUAACGGAGUUUGCCGUAGACAUUAUAAUUGAGCCAGUUUCCAGGAACCUGGAGAGUGUCUUUGACAGCAUUCAGGGCAAUGGGUCUCCAGAGCUAAAGGUGGAAAAGUAUGUUUUUCAGAUCCCCCAAGGGGAUCCUGAAGUUAGAACAUGA